CCCACCAAAAAGUCCAUACCUUCACCGCACCAAAAUGACAUCGCCAACAUCUCUCUCCCCAGAGAUAGCAUUCAUCUCCGGGCCCCUCGACACUGGCCCAAACGACAGCUACUUCCACACCUACUACGUCCCCCAAAUCAACACGGCCAUUGAUCGCGGACAUCACUUCGUGAUUGGCCCCGUCACGGGGGUGGAUCGCGUCGCACUAGAAUAUCUCCUUGCGUAUCCCGUUCCCCCAUCCCAUAUCACUAUCUUCGUUACCCCCACCGAGGACUACCUGCUGGGCGAUGAGUUCCGCAGUUUUAAAGUCAAUGUGCAGGUUGUGGGUGGUGGGCCGAAUGUGACGACGCAGGAACGCGAUGCGGCCAUGACGAGGGCUAGUUCUUAUGAUAUCCUACGGUGGCGGACGAGAAGGGAGGCGAGGAAAUUCUACGGGGUCAUGUAUCGCGAGGGAUAUGUGACGAAUACGGAGAGGAAUUGGAGGCGGCGGAAGGGGAUCAGUGAGACGGCGGUGGUGAGGGAGGAGGAUGUGGAUAUUUUCUUGAACGAGAAACGCUCGUAUGGGACACGUGUUGUCGGUGGGCUUUCCGGCUUGCUGAGUAUUACUACGCGGUCUUCUCGUGAAUAGGGAAAAUGGGGAGGAAAAUGAUACUCUAGGUCAGAUUCAUGGAAAUGGAACUGGGCAGAUGAAUAUAUCUUUGCGCUUGGUAG